GCUAUGCGAAGAGCAGCGGGAACAAGGGGGUGGGCAGGAGAAGGAGAGAGAAAGGAGGCGCCUGUGGCUUGCAGAGUUGGAGCAGUAAACGGGAAGAGAGAGGGGAGAGCGGAAGACAGUUUAGCUGCGGUGGAGAGAUGGGAAAGAUGAUAAAUAGUGCAUUUAUCAUUUUAGACCAAUCUAUCAUAUAAAUUAAUCAAGCCAAAAUCUCCCGCUUUUAGCUUGUUAAUUUGACACAAUUGAUCUGAGAGAGUGAAUUCGUGUAUCUUUUUUCUUUUGGAACUGAUUGUAUCUUUAUUAGCUUCAUUUUGUUGAUAUUCUUCGUUGAGAAAACGUAUCAUUGCCAUUUUUGUUACUUGAGUUAUAAAUCUGGAUGCAUUUUAUGAGCUGAUAUCUGUUUUCUGGUGUUUCAAGCCUACUUGGUUUGCUGCAUGUGAUGAGAAGAUGAGUUGAUUCUUGGUUACAAGAUGGAAACCCCUAUCCAGAAGCACAGUGUAAAGGAAGAGAGAGCAGAGAAUGAAACUGCUUCAUAGGAUGCAAAAUUUGAGAGUCCUUUCAAGGGGAUAACACACUGGAAUCGAAGACUUUCUGUUGGAGGAGGAAGACCGAAUCUUAAGCUAGCGGAUACUUGUACAUGAUGGUGGUUGCUUCUGGAACUAACUCCUAUGCCAAGGAGAUGGCCAUCCGAAAAAGGAUCGCAAACAUAUUUAAUAAGAGGGAAGAUGAUUUUCCAUCGUUGAGAGAAUAUAAUGAUUACUUGGAAGAAGUGGAGGACAUGACAUUCAACUUGAUUGAAGGCAUAGAUGUCCCUGUUAUUGAAGCGAAGAUUGCCAAGUAUCAGGAAGAAAAUGCAGAGCAGAUAAUCGAUGCUCGAGCUCGCAAGGCAGAAGAACUUGCAGCAGCUCUUGCUGCAAGCAAGGGACAACCUGCUCAGGCUGACACUACAGUUGAUGGGGCUCCAAGUCAGAACUCUCAAGCAGGUGGUGGUGGGCAGGGGCAUUAUGCACCAGCUAUUCCUGGGGCUACACUUGGACAACCACGACCAACAGGCAUGGCCCUACAACCUGUCCCGGUUGGAGGUGGGCUUGAUAUGCAUGGUUAUGCAGCUGAUGAUAAAGAAAUGAUGAAGGUCCGAGCAGAGAGAGGUGGGAGGGCAGGUGGAUGGAGUGCAGAAUUGGGCAGGAAGAGGGCAGUUGAGGAAGCCUUUGCUAGCAUCUGGAUUUGAUUUCCCAGUAGACAUUCCCAACAAACUGAGGGGCAGUCACUUGAAAAGCAACACGAUCUUCAUCGAUGUUCAGUUUGGACUGCGUAAUCUUAUUGAGUGCAGUAGAAUAUCAGUUGUGUCAUCUCAUUAUCAUUAUUGUUAUUGAGAUGACAAUGAGAAGGUUGGAUCGAAUGUAUCUUAAUUCAGUUUGGUCAACUCUUCCCAAAUGUAAAGGUGAUGGCUGGUAAAUUGGUGGGACAUACCACACUCCAUUACUUGACUUGAUCUAUCAUGGUUUAAUCUACAGUUAUCGUAGGGAGACAUGAAAAUGAAGUACCAGUAAUUGAAUAAAAGAACUAGGUCCAUUAUCAACAA